CGGCGACAAGAUGGCGUUCUAAACAUGAAGUUUUGAGUUAGGCUACUGCAUAUUUUUUUACAUAGGAUUACAAGAAACAACAAAAUGCCGCUUGGACCGUUUGGUGAGGUGGUCGGUACCACUGGUACCCUAGAGUCACUAACUGCGGAAGCAUUACAAGAAUACAAGACAAAAGUCAUCGCACCACGGAAUCCCAAACUCAUCAGGGAUGAUGACCCUGAACAUAAGAUGACCCCAAGCAAGUUCCUAUUUGACAUGUCUAUGGACACUGACCAGAAGCUGGCCAAUACUCGGACAAUGCGGAUCCCUCGUAAGGUGGAGCUUCUUGACAUGGGGGAAACAUCACUACAGAAGUUUUCACAAGUGAACAUUGAUGAGCCGAUGUUCCAGCCAUUUCCAUCUGAGAUCUACUUCCAGAACUUCGAACCCUAUGAAACAUAUGAGAUCCCAUUUGUACUCAGAAACAAUGAUAAGGUACCCCGGCUUGUAAAGGUGACACAGGCUAAUUCUCCCUACUUCCAAAUCAUCAGCCCCCAUGAUGUGGGCCACAAGGUCGGGCCAGGUCUCCCUACCACCUUCAAAAUACAGUUCAUGCCAGAUGAGAAGAAGGACUACACCCAUGAGCUGGUGUGUAUUACGGAGAGGGAGAAGUUUAUUGUACCAGUGAAGGCAAUCGGGGCCCGUGGAAUCCUGGAUUUCCCCGAUGAGAUCAACUUCCCAGUCUGUCCAAUCAAGUACCCAAACUCAAAGACGCUCCUCAUCAGAAACAUUGGCAACAAGGAUGCUAAAUUCACCCUCACUGUAGACAAACCCUUCUCAGUUAGUCCUGACAUUGGCGUCCUGCCUGUGAAGGAGAGUAUGCAGGUGACUGUGGACUUCCAGCCCCAGCAGGGAGGGGACCACAAGGCCGACCUGGUGCUGCACUAUGACACAGGAGAGGAUGUGUUUAUAUCCUUAUAUGGAGCUGCCCAGGACUCCAAUGUCAGACUUGACAAGAACUCCAUCCGAAUUGAGAGCACAUUUAUCUCAAUGGCCAAUGAGAGAACAGUGACGAUCCACAACCGAUCAGACGUCAUAGCACAUUUCCACUGGUCAGGGUAUGCCACACAGGAAGAAGAAGAUCAACACAAGCUCAUGCGUCAGAUUGACCUUGACAGAGAGGAAAGGACGGACACUGACCGUUUCUUGGAGGAGUGUGUGACUGACCCCACCCUCCGGGACAAGCUGUCCAUCCUGGGGAGGACCUUCCAGAACAGGAAGAGGAUGGUAUCGGAUGACAAGCUGUUGUUCAAUGAUGACGUCAUCAAGCUGGAACCUGUGGAAGGGGACAUUUGGCCCAACUCAUCCUUCAAUGUCAACGUCAUCUUCAAGCCCCGAGAAGCUAAAACAUACACGCAUACUGCAUUCUGCAACAUCACCGGCCGGGAGAGCAGGUUGCCUCUGCGUAUCCGAGGUGAGGGCAACGGACCCCAAGUGGAAUUCUCGUUUGAAACAUUGAACUUGGGGAAUAUAUUUAUCGGUUCUACUCACACGUAUGAGGUCGUCCUUGCCAACAAGGGUGAUAUUGAUGCUAUAUUCAGUGUGAUGCCAAAGUCCACAGUGUUUGGGCCAUGCUUCCAGUUUAACCCCUCAGAGGGAAUUGUCAUGCCGGGAGGCCAUCAAGCCAUUCAGAUCAAGUUCCGCAGCCCCUAUCUGGGAGACUUUCAGGAGGAAUUCCAGUUCCAGGUUGAUGGUUCCCCGGAACAGCUUCAGAUCACCUUCAUAGGAUCUGUGAUUGGCCCCACAUUCCAGUUCAAUGUGCCAAAGUUGAAAUUCGGAACAGUGUCAUACGGGUUUCUGAACACCCAGUACUGUACACUGAUGAACACUUCCCUCGUCCCCAUGACCUUUCACCUCCGUGUGCCAGGGGAUGGAACGAACGAUAGUAUAUGUAGUACCAGUGACCUUGACCUUAACCGUAGUGAGCUUGGAUCAAUGGUAGUAAGUUCUCCAAGAGAGUUUGAGAUUGUUCCAUCAACUGAGACAAUUCCUCCUCAGAGUGAGAUCAAGGUGACAGUCAACUUUGUGUCCAACACAGUCAAGAAGUAUGAUGUGUCGCUGGUGGUGGACGUAGACAAUGUUGGAGAGGAGAUCCUGACUCUACCGUUACAGGCGAAAUGUGUCGUGCCGUCCAUAACAGUACUGAGUCCCAUCCUGGACUAUGGACGGUGUUUCCUCCGCCACCCCUACGAACAUCGCAUCAAAUUGCACAACGACAUGGACCUUCAAGCCAAGUACGAACUGGUACCACAGAAAGACAUCAUACCACUAGAGGGCGCUCCUAUACUAUACCACAGCCCCCAGACAAAGGGCAUCAUCCCACCCCACUGUGUGAUGGAGGUACCGCUGCUGGUGGAGGUGCAGGCCUUGGAGGAGCAGGACAUCCCGGUCUACAUCCGCAUCUUCGGAAGUCAGGAACCUCCACUGCCAGUCCAUGUGACGUGUAUUGGGGAGGGACCAGUGGUCCACACCACCCCUCUAGAGCUGGACUGGAACGUCAUCCCUGUACUCACCGAUGUACCCAACGUUGUGACACUGGCCAAUGAGUCUCUCAUCCCAGCCAAGUUCACAGCUCACAUGAUGCGACCUAACACUGUGUUCCGAGUGUCGCCAUCAGAGGGAGAGAUUGCCCCCGAGGAGAUCAUACAGUUGACGGUCACAGCCCAUCUAGAUGACUGCGUCAGAUUCCAAGACAAAUUACAGAUCAACUUCUUGGAAAGUCAAGCUAGACUCAUCCCACUGACAGCAUACGGUCAGGGUACGACCAUCGUGUCCGACCCACCACUCACAUCUGUCCUCAACCUCGGACCCAACUUCAGUAAUCGGCCAUUGAACAAGACAUUCAAGCUGACCAAUUGUGGUCGCCGCCACCAGCAGCUUGUAUGGAGCACUGACGGAUUUGGACCCAUCGGCAAGGCCAAGAAAGAACUAGCUGCCUACAACCCUCUUGAUAUGAAGAAUAGGAACAAGCCCCCUCCAACAGUGCCAGCAAUGCCCAUCUUCAAACUCAACCCCAACAGGAUGGAUCUACCUGCUGGGGAGACGGUCGAGAUGCAUAUGGAGGGAUUUGUCGACAAACCCCAGUUUGUGAGUGAGCGUCUGUUGUGUCACGCAAUCAUCGGGCGACAGGGAGGCAAAGAGCUGGUGAUGAGGGUUGACGUGUCCACUGAUUUUAUCAGUCCACUUCUAGACUUCUCCACCAAGAGUGUGUUCUUCAGGGUGGACAAGCAAUCUGGUGAGGACAUGCACAUGGAGACCAAGCAGCUGGCCAUGAAUAAUGUGUCCAGUCUGCCACUGACCACAGAGCUCACGCUGGAGUAUCCCUUCAGACUGGUCCAGGAAGAUGGCUUGGAGGUCACCGAGAUGGAGGUACACCUUGGAGUUGGUGAACCUUACAAUUUAAAGAUUCGUUUUGAUCCGGCCUACAAGGAUGACCUUCACAUUCGCACUAUCGAUGAGGUUCUCCACAUCACCUACAAGGAACAUCCACAUGUUGAUUACAUUGCCCUGCGUGGAGAGGUGUACUUCCCCAAUUUGGAGUUUGAGAAGACAGUGGUCGACUUCGGCUGCAUCCUCAACGACACAGAGGUGACCCGCUAUGUGAACAUCACCAACAACAGUCCAAUGGAGGUGAAGUACCGCUGGUCAUUCCUUAUUGGCAAUGAGCCAUGUGCGGUCAUCAACCGUCCACCCAAACCCACGAAUGACAUCAUUAUGGAGGAGAACAUGAUGGAUGUUGCUGAUGGAGAGGAAGAGGUGGAGGGAGAGGAGAGAGUACAUGUGGUCAUUGAUGAAGGAGAAGCAAGGUCAGACGAGGAAGGACAACAAGAGACUGACCAGGAGCUGAUCAAGGACAAACAGGGGGGUGAGCCCCGGGACAACCGGGAGGACGAGGAGGACCGACCCGCCUCUCCCAUGUCGGAGGAGGAGCUGGAGAAGGGUCAGCUGGAGCAGGAGGCUGCCCCAGAGGGAGGGGUGAAGAAGGAUGACAUGGAACGUCUUGACCUCCACAGUCGCCUCUCACUUCGCCCAGAGGAGGAAGAUGCCCUCAAGUCUAAUCGGGUCCUCACUGCUCUACUGGAGCGGGACCAGGAGGCUGCCACGCCCAUCGGAGUGGAGGAGGUAUUUGAUAUUUUGCCCUUGUACGGAACUCUUCAACCUGGAGACACAGAACAGAUAACCUUGACCUUUUAUGGCCAUGCUGAUAUCUGGGGUCAGGUGAAGGCCAUCUGUGACAUUGAAGGUGGCCCAACAUAUGAGCUGACAUUGAAGGGAGAAGCAUCCUUGGUUGAGUACACGUUCAAUUGCCGAGACAUUGACUAUGGCAAACAGAUGUAUGACCAGGUGGCAUCUGCCGAAAUAACUCUUAUAAACACAGGCAAAGUAGGAUUUGAGUUCAGCUCUAUCGGCAUGGAUCCCACACUGGCAAAGAGACCCUACCCAGGAAUACCGAUCAUGGUCCCACAUUCAGGCUACAUCGAACCUCUGAGUGAGCAGAAAGUGACUGUCAAGUUCUUGCCCGGAGUACCAGAGAGGUUCCACAAGAACUUCAUGAUCCAAGUAGCCCACUUCGAGCCUGACAUCAUCAACUUGUAUGGUGAAGGUGUGUUCCCCCGGAUAUCUCUGGACCUGCCGAGGCUGAAGGACCCGGACCUCCACUACGAGCUGAUGCUGAAGGAGGCCAAGGAGGGGCUGACGAAAGGGACCAGGAAACUGGACCAUCAUGCAUCAGAGCGACCCACCAGCGCUCUCGCCUACAUGCGCUCACACAGGAUGACUGAACAUGUCGUGCAGCAUGAAUCAGUACCCUCUGACCUUGAGCUCCAGAUGGAGGCUGAACGUAUAGCUGUACGGGACUUUGCCCUGGAGCUGCAGCAGGGGUCAGCCCGAACUGACCUGUACGAGCUGACACCACCCACCAGCAAUGAGAGUCGGGACACUCAUGCUACCGGCGACUCCAAGAGAAACAGAGGGAAGAAGAUGAAGAUGAAGCCUCGACUGCCCGAGUAUAUCCUGGACUUCGGCCAUGUUGUGCUGGGGACAGUGCGGACCCAUGUUGUCCAUGCGACCAACACAGGCUGGUUCCCUGCAUCCUUCCAGGUGGAGCGAGACAACAUCCACCACCACGGCUUCCACAUCGAGCUGGACCGUGUCCGCAACUUGCCAGGUGCCCCAGACCACGAGACUGUCGACUUUGUUGUGUCCUUUGACCCUAGAGGAGCCAAUCUGCAACUGGGGCAAGUGGAGACCAUCGUUCCUAUCAAUAUUGUUACUGGACCCCAAGUUGCCAUCUGCCUGCGGGCUAACGUGACGAUGCCUGACAUGGAGAUAUCGGAUGAUACCCUGGACUUUGGGGAUGUUCGGUGUGGGGAGUGCAAGGUGAUCACAGUGCAGCUGCACAACCAACAGCAGGUGCCCUGUGAGUGGAACUCACUGCUGUCUGACAAGGACAGAAAACAGGCUGACCGCCACAUCCCUAUGCAUCUGAGACGUAAGCUACGGCAGGAGAAGAAGAAGCCGCAGCACUAUGAGAUCAUGCCGCCCACCGGGAUGCUGAUGCCUGGCCAGAGAACCAAUGUCCAGGUCAAGUUCAUGCCUACCGAGGAGAAAUUCUACGAGAAUCGUAUACCAAUCAGGAUUUCCCAGAGCAGUCAAAGGAUCUUAUUGCUGUGUCGAGGUCAGGGUCUGGAGCCUCGUCUGGAGUUUGAUCGCAACCUGGUUGAGUUCGGUCCCAUCCUCCCGCACAGCAAUGGAGAUGAGCAGGAGAUUGUGGUGAAGAACCCAUGCAGCUUCCCAAUAGAGUUCUACAACCUGGAGUGUGACGAGGGCUACCUGGAGGAGGAGAAGGUGCUGCGGCUGAUGAAGGGGUACGACGAGUACAACACCAUCCUGCUCCCUCCUCGCAACCCCGGGGACAAACUGCCAUCUGAGCUGCUUGACCACUACGAUGAGCAAAUGAAGAAGUUGGAGGAAGAGGAGAGAAUCAAGAGAGAAGCAGAGGAGGCAGCUGAAGCAGCUCAGAGAGAACAAGAAGAGAGAGAGAAAGGAGAGCAUGGUGAUGAGGAGGGCAAGGAGCAUGACGACACAGAGCAUGCACCAGUCAUUGUCAUGACAGUACCAUCUCGGGAGCUCACGCCACGGGAACAACCACCAAAGACUCACUCAGAUGAAGAGGAAAAGAUUAAAAAAGAUGAAUCUUCGGAAGAGAGAGACAAGGAGAACACUGUGGGUGUUGGGGAGCUGGAGAUCACGCCAGUGUCGGCUGCCAUUGCCCGACACCUUGGCAUUGACCUUACUCCUGAAGGCAAGGCUGCCCGGAACCGACGAGGCAUCAGCCUCAUUGUACAUGGACCACCGAUGUCAGGCAAAUCCAGCACAGUGGUCAUGCUGGCUAAACGCUACAAGGCAGCCAUACUGUCUGUAGAUGGGGUAGUUCUGGAGGCCAUAUCCAACGGCAACACUCCAUCAGGUCUCAAGGCCAGAGAACUGUGUGCUGAUGCUGCAAGAAGGAAAGCCGAGGAGAUCAAGGGCUUGGAGCCAGACGACCCCGAGAAGACAAAGGCUGGAGGUCUGAGCGUGGAGGCUCUCACGGCCCACACACAGGGAACCAUUCCAGGCACUGGAGUUGUGGGUGGAGCAGCCUCUAUGAUUUCCAACAGGAAGACAAGCACCAUCUCGGAACAGAAAGGCAAGGAGAAGCAUCAUGGUGGCAGCGUCCUGGGAGCCAAGACUGCAGUCAACACAUCCUCCGUAGAUGGAGCCACAGGCAGUCAGGUGCCAAGCAGUCCCCCACCCCUGGCCGCACCCAUCGCCCGCCGUCUGAGUGUCAGUGCCUCGGUGGCUGGAGAAGAGGGGCUGAUGAGCUGUAUCCUGCCUGAGGAGCUGCUGGUGGACCUGCUGGCUGAGAGGAUGCAGCUGGAUGACUGCCACCGGGGUGUGGUGUUUGAUGGGCUGGAGACACUGUUCUCCCAGAACUACCUCACCACAACCAACGCCAUUCUGAAGGCUCUCAACAACCGCCGCUUCAUCUUCUUUGUCACGCUGAAGCUGGACUACAACAUCCUCAAGGAACAGGAGAAGAAAGACAUGGAAGAGAGAGAGAAUCAGGCGCGUCAGGCGGAGGAGCAGGAGCGGCAGAGGCUGGAGGACAUGUCGGAGGAUGAAUAUGAUGCCCUCACUGAUGCUGAGAAGGCCGUUGUGGACAAGAAGAGGCUUGAGAUAAAGAAAGAGAGAAUAAAGAAAGAAGAAGAAAUGGAGAAGAUUAGGAGAGAGAAUGAAGCUCUGGAAGAAGAGAGAAGGAAACAGGAAGAAGAAAUUAAUAAACCAAAGAGACCAAGGAAAGGGAAGGAUGCUAAUAAGGAUAAGGAUAAGGAUAAGGAUAAGAAGGGUGUGGCAAGCAAGGCCGGCACCCAGCCCAGCCAGGAUCGUGUGGGGCAGAAGUCCCAGGGUGGUCAGCGGCCACAUGACAGUGAACACGCCGCCAAGACUGGCUCCAACACAGAGAGACCAGAGUCCCACCAGACUGAGAAGUCAGAUACACAGAUUGAUGACAAGAAGAAGAAGGCCGUCAAGGAUGGAAAGAAGGUUGAUGGUAAGGGCAAAGAGGAAAUUCCCGCUACUGAUGGGGAGAAUAAAGAUGCACUCAAGGAAGCAGAGAUACUUCUCAUGCAGAGGUUCCGAACCUUUGAGCAUGCCCAGAAUGAACUGACCCAUCUCCUGGAGUUCUGGGACCGUACCACCCUGCAAAUCAAACGUCCCCCCACUCCUUCCGAGAAGUCUGAAGAGGAUGGGGCACAGCAUCCUCCAUCAGGGAAGAAGGGCAAGGGGAAAGACAAGCAUGACAAGGAAAAAGAGAAAGAGAAGGAAAGACAAAGACUUGAGAAAGAGAUGGCGGAGAAGGCAGCUAAGGAGGCUGCUCUGGCUGCAGCCCAGGCCGAUGGUGAUAGCCAGGAUGGAGAUCACACUGAUGACCCCAACAAGAAAGUGGAGGACGGAGUUGGCGUGCCCAACAUUCUCAUCAACUGCGCAGACAGGACCGUCCACCCUGGGGAGAAGAUCAUGCGGGGAGAGAAGCUGCCCACAGUGGAAGAGGUUAUGGAUGGCCUUGGCCUGGGGCCCAGGGGACCUCCUAUCCCACCCCCAGCAGAGUUUGCUGUCGUGCCCUACCCAGUGAAGAGGAGGCCACCACCACUGUCAGAGUUUGGAGGACGCUACGCCUUCAUUGCAGCAUCUUCUGAUGACCCGAAUAUUGGCAUUGAUGAGAAGCCCAAGGAUCUGGAACUGGAGGAGGAGAAGUCGGUGACCCCUGAUAAGUUCAAAGAGGAUCAUUCUACACCCACCAAAGGCAAGGGCAAGGGUGGGGACAAGCCCAAGACUGGAACGUCGGAGAAAGGACGCAAGGGUAGCGCUGAUAGAAAGAAACCAGGGAGACGCAACUCCAUGCAGGUGCCAUCCCCACCCCCGGGGGCAACCACGCCCACAUCAGAGGCUGAUGUACAAAGCACAACCGGGGAACCACCGGCUCUCACUGAGCCAAAAACACCAAAGAUCACCAUAUUCCGCUGGGUGGUUCCAGCCAAUAGCGAGGUGGUCCUGAAACUCCGCUUCCAGUCUGAGGAACUGGGCCAAUUUGACCAGACACUCAACUGUGAGAUUGUGGGCACUCGGAGACGCUACCAGCUGUACUGUCGGGGCGUGUGUGCCUUCCCUACCAUCAGUAGAGAACCAAGAAUCGUCUUCCAACAUCGUAAGAAGAACAAGAAGAACGAUGAGAUUGUCAUCAAGAAAUACGUCCUCAUGACUGAGAUCUUUGAGUUUGGGCCACUGCUGGUUGGCAAAUCUAGAGACAGAUACAAGGAAGGUAAAUACCCCGAGAACAUGGAGCAGCUGACAGUCCUGAACACGUCGCCACUGGAGGCCGACAUCAGCUUCUGUUUCCUCAAUGACAGCAAGGCUGAGACAUACCUCCUGGAACCCCCCAACAUGGUCCUCAAGUCAGGAGAGUCCCAGCACCUCACAGUGUGGGCCUACCCCAAGGCUCCGGGGCAGUACAAGGAUGCCAUUGUCUGCUGUGUGAGAGAGAAUCCAGAGCCGAUCAUCUUCAACAUCUCCUGUGAUGGGUUCAAGCCUGAGCUGGAGUUGGAUAAGAAACAACUACACUUUGAUAAAGUGCUCCUGCACAGGAAGGACACCAAGACCAUCUUCCUCCGCAACCCGACCCAGCUGCCGGUAGCGUGGCGACUGAGUGGCCUGGAGAACCUGGGUGAGGACUUCACCGUGGCGGCAGAAAGCGGCGUAGUUGACCCCCUGUCCGAGUACAGUCUCAACGCCUUCUUCCGAGCCAUGAAGCCAGUACAGACCAGCAAGAAGAUGAUCAGGAUGGAGAUCAUGGAUGUUGACAACAUCAUGGGCGUGGUCCACACGGAGCCGAUCCAGGUCCUGGCUGAGGCCUACGACGUGGCCUUGGACAUGAGCUUCCCUAAAGGGACGGAUGGAGGCCUGGACUUUGGCACAAUCCGAGUCUCGGAAGAAACCAAACAGACUUGUAACCUGAAGAACAAGGGCAAAUAUGAGAUAGCUUUCAACUUCGUGUUUGAGAAUGUGGACAAGUCGAACCCUGACGUGACAAGCCUGUUCUCAGUGAUCCCUCAGAAGGGCACCCUCAGCUCGCUUGACCGCCCCACCCAGGUACAGGUCAUCUUCAAGUCCUCCAAGGAGGUAACGGUCAAGGACCAGCCAAUACUCAAGUGUCAGGUCAUCGAGCCGUCACUGGGGGAAGGAGGCGAGAUCAUUGCCAGCAUUCCCGUCAAAGUCUCCGUCAAGUCUGUCUUCAGCAAAUACCACAUCCUACCAAUGAACGACAUCAACUUCGGGUCCCUGCUGAUACAGAGCAAGAAGACCCGUCAGUUCACCAUUGAGAACAAGGGGGAGUUUGACUUCAAGUACACCAUCACCAAGCUGGUGAAGGAAUCUCCACACCAGGCCGGCAAUGCCAAGAACAGACCACCAGUAAAGGGAGAUAAGCGAACCAAGUCUCGAGAUGGGUCCAGCUCGGGACGCUCCGUGGCCAAACCGCGGAGAGCUGAGUCGAUCAGUGAUCAAAAUAGCAGGGCCCAGCUUCCUGGCACCCCCGUCCAGAGAUUAGGGGGCUACCUGCCCUACUUCGGCAAUCGGAGACACACCAUCUUCAGGCAAGAUGCUGGCACUGGACAGUCGCGUCUACAGCUGGGCAUGUUCACCAUCUUCCCUGCGUUUGGCAUCAUUCUUCCUAACGGUCAUCAGAGCAUCACUGUGGACUGUGUUGCUGAAAACCAGGGCCGGUCAGAUGAGGACAUCAGUAUUGACAUCACUGAGCGCAACCCCUCAGAUCACCUAGGUGGCAUCCCAUACAAGCUGUUGGCAGAGGCUUGUAUUCCUGCCAUCAAUGUUGAUGAUGUUGGCUCCAUCUUUGAGGAGCACCGCAUCUGCAGGAACCUCAGCGUGUGGCAACAUCUGAACCAGGUGGAGAGUGGUGGCGUCUAUGGAGAAGAGGAGAAGAAGUUUGUUUUCAACAAUGUCAUUGUUGGCCGCCGUGCUAAGGCCAGGUUCAAGAUCUCCAACACCAACAAGGUUCCCUGUGAUGUUGUGUUCACACUCAAGCCGAUUCUCACCAAGGGAGCUCCCAAGGUCCUAGACAUAUUUGAGGUGGAGCCAAGUCGGACCCAGAUAGCCAAUCACAGCCACUCUUACAUCACCAUCACAUUCACGCCACCAUCCAUGCAGUCCUACAGUGCCACAUUUGAAGCCUCCAUCGAAGGCUCAAACCAGAACAAAGGGAGAUCACUGGUGUUUGAGGUGUCAGGCGAGGGCAACCUUCCAAGAAUCAGCAUUUCUAAGCCAUCCAUCAGAAACAAGAGAGGACAACCCUUGUUGUUAUUCAAGAGGAUACUGCUAGGGAGAACAGAGGCCCUCCCAUUUGUACUGCGCAAUGAUGGCACUCUACCCAGCAAGGUUGACAUUGAUCUGAGUGACCCAGAGGAACUCUUCACCCUCAAGCCUACUGGUGAGACUCGGGCCAUCAUAGGAGACUUCAGCAGUGGUGAUGAUGGGGCCAGGAAGCGGCCACACACAGCCUCCGUUGUCGUAGGUAUAGGAGAGGAGGCAACAUUCGAUGCUAUCUUCAAACCCAAGGCAGCAUAUCGGUCACAGGCUCAGAUCCGCCUCUCUGUCAUAGACAACCAGUAUGAGGACUCAGUCAUUCUGCUGGUCGGGGAGGGUUACGAGGAUGACAUCACCCUGGAUAACAUCCAUAGUGUCAGUGGUGCUAUUGACCCUGAGCAUGAUGAGGGCAACAUGGCAGAAGAUGAUGUUGCAGCUGCCAAGCCAAACCUUAUCAAGUUUGGUUUAUGCUUCAUCAAUGAACCACGAACUCUGACGUUCUCGAUGAUGAACCACUCCAAGACGGACUGCGUCCGCUUCCAGUGGCCAGAUCAAGUCCCCCUCACAUUCUCCCCCAAGACUGGCCACCUCCAUGCUGGCUGUUCCAAGGACAUCGCCGUCACCUUCAAGGCAGAGACACCCAAAACACUCACAGAACAGCAGGUCAUGUGUAAAGUCUCCAAGAUCACCUUUGAGAAACCGAUGGACCAAGUCCCUGACUGGGAUGACAGGAUUCGGACCGUGAAGUGGGUGGAGAACCCCACGACCCCGAGCCCUGCUGACAGCAAUGCAAAGUCCCAGCCUCCGACACCCCACCAACCUCGUCCUGCCAAGAAGAAGAUCGUGGAGACCGAGCCCGAGCCAGCCUUCACCGAGGUGGCCGAUACUGUACGAUCACUGGAGCUGUUGGUGUCUGGUGUGUCGGACAACUGCAAGUACAAGUGCAAGGCCGAGUCUGUCCACUUCAAGGACACCCUGAUGUUCCAGACAAGAGUUUAUAACAUCACGCUGAGCAACAAGGGUCAAGUUCAGAUGGACUACAGCUGGCAGGUUGUGAUGGACAGCUUCACGCCAUCCCUACAGCGGGCGGUCACUUUCAUGUCCGAGGGAGAAAGACCAGAGUCUAGAGUGGACGUCAUCGACUCAACAUAUGUUCCCUUCUCCAUCGAGCCCCAGUUCGGCACCAUCCAGCCAGGGAAGAAGGCGACCUGUACCAUCAAGUUCUCUCCCCUGGAUGUCAGUGACUACGAGGGCAGAUUGGUCUGCAGCAUCCCCAACUUGGAGAAGUCGGAGCAGGGGCCAGUGGUCGGCAUCAAGGGGCGCAGUAUCAUGCCUUACUGUCACUUCGAGCUGGCCGACUCUGACUACAUCACAGGGGCCAAGCGGAACCCCGAGCUGCGAGGACCAGGAGGAGCACCCCCAGGAUCUACCCUGGACCCCAGCACCAGGGUCAUGGAGUUCAGCUGUGUGGGGGUUGGAGUCAGGAGUAUUAGAGAGUUCGGGAUUGUCAACCCAACAAGUCACACGUAUCACUUUGAGUGGGUGUGCGAGGAUGAGCAGGACCCCAAGACGCCAUCAUGUUUCCGAUGUUUGGCCCAGAAAGGAGAGAUUAGGAGUGGUCGCAAGUUCAGGGCUGGGUUUGAGUUUGUGUCUAGUCAGACAGACAUUGUUGAAUCGUUCUGGAGGUUUGUGAUCCCUGAUCAGAACAUCUCCGUACCCUUCCUCCUAGUGGGCAACACUCAAGAACCUGACAUCGUGAUGGACAGAUCCCACCUCAGCUUCAAGUCACUGCUGAUUGGCCGGGAAGCAGAGGAGCAGGUGUAUCUCAUCAAUGGGGAGGACACGCCCUUCAGCUUCUCAUUCGUGGAGGACUCUUGUCACUCAGAAGGAUACUCCUCCCACAUCCAGGUCCAGCCAAUGAGUGGUGUCAUCCCAGCAAAGUCAAAGGUACCGGUCAGUCUGUUCUUCUCCCCCAACUCGGACAAGGAGGUCAACUUCAACCUGGUGUGUAACAUCAAGAAGAAGGUUCAGCCAGUGACCCUCAACGUGAAGGCGGAGGGCUACUCCAUGAGCUGCACCCUCUUGUGUGAGGACUCCGCUGGCAACAGGGUGGAACUGUCAGAGAAGGGGCUCAAUGAGAUUAACUUUGGAGAGAUUGAGAUCAACGAGCAAGCUAUCAGAAACUUGUUCAUCCUCAACUCGGGCAAGUUCAACUUUGACUACAAGUGGGAGCUGAACGAAAGGUCCACCAAGAAGGAUGUUGUUACGAUCACCCCGGUCAGUGGGGGCGUCCUGCAUGGAGAGAAACAGAAGUGCAUGCUCAGCUUCUGUCCCCCCAGCCGAAUGUCACUACGAGGCUGUGAACUGGCUCUCAAGAUAUCACACGGUCCUACCUAUCCCAUGAGUAUUGUCGGUCUGGGCGUCACCCCCGGCCUUCACUUCUCCUUCCAUUCCUUCAACUUCGGCAACUGUUUCAUCCACCGGGCCGGGAUGCCAGACCAUACAACCACACUCAAGCUCACCAACAAGGACAGCAAGGAAAUCAGCAUCGACUGUCUGUAUGAACCGACCAAUCAUCUGCAUCACAACUUUGAGGCUGGAGUCGUUGCCCCUGGACAGUCAGUAGAUGUGACCUUCACCUUCUACCCAAGGGAGACAAUGAGAUACCAUGAGGUGGUCACGUUUGAAAUCAAUGGUCUCUCAAAGCAAAGUGUGGAAUUUGUUGGGCAGGGAACAGAAAUGAAAAUUGAGGUAGCAGACCCCAAACACAAGAUUGUCAACCUCGGUCCAAAAUAUGUUGGUGAUGUUGUGAAGAAGUACAUCCCGAUUGUCAACAACAGCCCUGCUGCCAUCACCUUCAACCUUGCCCUCACCCCCACAGCCCCCGCCCUGCAGCAGCCGGACGUCCUCAGUGUCUCCCCCACCCAGCCCAUCCGACUGAGUCCCCGAGGGGGCACCUGCAAGGUGGAGAUUGUCUUCAAGCCCAAGUCCAGGAUACCACAGUUCACAGAGGAGGUGAUGCUGGAGUGUGCUGGGCUGUACCAACCCCUGUUUGUGGUGAAGGGGUCAUGUUUGGGCAUGGAGAUCGCCCUGGACACAGAGGGUAUUCCCUUCGGCACCGUGGUGCAGCGCAGUCAGAGCACCCGCAAACUGGUCAUGUGCAACACUGGAGACAUGAACGCCAAGUUCCGAUGGGAUGCCAAGCGUUUUGAGCCUGACUUCUCCAUCACCCCGGCAGAGGGCUACAUCACGUCGGGUAUGGAGGUGACUUUCGAUGUCACCUUCCACCCCCAGGAGGUCAAUCAGGACAUCAGAUAUGACAAACUACGUUGCUUCCUGGAGGGGGGGCCCCACAAACCAGUGACCUUGACCCUGACUGGCAUGUGUACCGGGGUGGGUCCCAGUAAGGAGAUUCAGCACUUCGCCACCCAUGUGAGGCAGAAGGAUACGCGCAGCAUCGCCAUUGCCAACCGGACUAACCAAAACUGGCUGCUCAAGCCAGUCAUCGAUGGAGAGUUCUGGUCAGGACCGGUCACCAUAGCUGUGGAACCCCAACAGACCAAGUCAUACGAGCUGACAUACAAACCGCUGACCAUGACCACUGAAAACAAGAGACACACAGGUACAAUCUUCUUCCCACUACCGGAUGGGACAGGACUGAUGUAUAACCUGACCGGAGCAGCAGAGCCUCCGAAACCCAACGGCCGGAUCCAGCGAGAUGUUCCGUGUAAGACGUCCUACGUGGAGAUCAUGCCUGUACAGAACUGGAUCAAGAGGCCGCAGAGAUUCCGAGUGAAGACAGAGUCCAUCAAGCCUGACAGGUUGGACCCUGGCACCACAGUGAAGGGCAUGGAGUACAUGGACGUCCCAGCCAACAGCAAGAAAGACUACAAGCUGGCCUUCUACGCCUUCAGGGAGGGAACCACCACACUCAAGGUGACAUUUGUGAAUGAGCAGACCAGUGAAUAUCAGUAUUACGAAGUGACAUUCCGGGCCACCAAGCCAGGCGUUCUUUCCUCCAUUGACCUGUCUACCCCUGUGAGACAGAGUGUCCACCACACCGUGAAGAUAGACAACCCCCUCACCUACCCUGUGACCUUCUCCGUCACCUGCAACAUCCCUGAGGUCCUCAUGCCCACACAGCUGCAGAUACCUGCACAGUCAGAGGGUCGCUUCAACUUUGAGUAUCAGCCAUUGAAAGCAGGAGACAUUCAAGGUCGGUUGGAGUUCAACUGCAGUGACCUCGGCCUGUACAUGUAUGACCUCAACCUCAAGUCAACACCUGGUGGUCCAGAGAAAGCAUUGUACUUCAGGACGUGUCUUGGACAAACACAGAUUCAGAUGGCCAAAUUCCUCAACUUUGCCAAACAGAAGACGGACUAUGUCUGCAAGGUGGACAACCCUGACUUCCAUGUGGACAAAACACUCACUGCCGCCCCGGGCUCCACUGGAGGUACCGAGGUCGCUCUCGAGGUCAUGUUCGAGCCAUCCAAACUGGGAGAACACCGUGGCAUAAUAACAGUGUCCUCACCAAUCGGAGGAGAAUACACCUUCCCUCUGUUUGGUACGUGCAUCCCUCCCAAACCUCAAGGUCCGUUCCUGGUGAAGGCUGGUUCCUCCACACCCAUCAUAUUCCGCAACGUCUUCGGCAGCAACACCCCUUUCACCUUCCAGGUAGACAACGAGCACUUCGGCCUGGCCAAGCAGGGGGAGACUAUCCGAGCUCAUAAGGAUCAUCGUAUUAUUGUCAACUUCGACCCUGGCGAGAGUGGUCCAAAAGCUGUGAUGAUGGGGAAACUGACUGUCACAUGUGCUCGGUCAGCCGGUGGCAAUUCUAGUGUCCAGUGGGUGUUUUACCUCAAGGGGUUGACGCCAUGAAGCGGACAUGUGUAGUGUGAUUGACUUUUUGUGUGUACAUAUUUUGUUUCCAGUUGUUAAUAGUGGCUACAAGUACUUGUCAGAUAUAUAACAUUCCAACACAAAUCAUAUGUUAUUUAUAUGAAACAGAUAUUCCGUCCAGGUUUAUUUUUCAUACUGUGAUAAAAUAGGACUGAAUGUGUUUGAGAAUUUAUUUAUAAUUUGUAUGCAUAUACCACAAAUGUUGCUCCCAGUUGAGUUUUCUGGUUUUAUUGGAAUGAAUAUGAAACAUUUCUCUAAAAUCAACCAAGGAUUUACAUUUUUACGUUAUAUACAAAAGAUAAUAUGAACUUUGUUACUAAAUACAAUUGUUCUAUACUUAUGUAUUUGUUGGUAAGAAAACAUUUGUCAGUGCUUGAACACAAUACAAAAAUGACCCAAAGACAAUAAAGUAUUUGAAAUAAAUAUUGAUAAAAUAUUUAACACCCAAGUAAGACAGCAGAAUUCAUUCGUCAGCACUAUUCUUGAAACUAACAACAAAGAAUCAAUUCUGUAAUGCAUUUGACAACAAAUAUUUUUAACAGUGCAUAAUGAACAGGCAGAGAACCUAUACUUGUUGAAAUCCUUUCAUGUGAAAAUAAUGAGUGGCUCCCAGAUUUACAAUAAGCUGUGAAGGUCUGGAUUGCCCCUUAGUAUUUGUGACAAGUGCAGCUUGAUGAAGUGUCUGCGAUGUGUUAUUCAUCCAAUAUUUGUACAUUUCUGUAAUAUAUUAAAUAUAUUUCCUGAAA